AUGUCCGACGACGACGGGGCAGGAGUCAGCGAUCUCUUCCCCACGGGAACGUCGGCGACGGCGGUGUCGUCCAACUCUACGUCAACAAGCUCGGCCACCACCACCACCGAGUUGCCCCUGUUCAGCGCGACCAACACUGCAGCGGCCAAGGGUCCCAACACGCACACUGAUGUCUACUACUAUGUCCUCCUGGGCGUGUUAAUCGUCCUCAUCGCGCUCGCCGCGCUGCUCACCUACCGUGGCCAGCGCAUGCGAAGACGGUACCGGACGGCGCACCAGCUGGCCCUCGAGCGCGGCGACCCACCUCCGUGGUGGAACACGUCUGACAGCCCCAACAUCUGGGUCGCAGGGUUUGGCCGCAACCCGCCAGGCCCAAUGGACCAGUGGGCGACGAUGGGCGGCCGCCGGAGGGAGCGUCGCUGGGUGCGUAUCCCCGUGCUGUGGGAUUUGGUUGCCGAGCGCGAGCCCAAGGACCACCGUACGGGCAGCGUCACCCCUUCAAGCGGGAAACGCGUCGCGGCGAGCUACGCUUCUUCCGAGUCUUUGACAAACACGCAUGUGGGCGACGACGGUGACGACAUGAUCCUCACGGGGAAGAGCCAACCCCUCACGCUCCACUCGCUCCUCCCAGAACCUGUGCCAGACUACUCCCAGGCCGCGGGGGCGGCCACCGCCCCGGACAUGCGGAGCAGCUCGGGUGCGCGCACCGGCUUUGGCUUCUUCCGUAACGGCCUCCCACGCCCAGAACCUGAAGAAGGCGCCGGCGCGCCCGCAACGACGACUACAGCCGGCACAGCAGCAGCGCGCGAGCGCGAGAUUGACCGCGCAGCCGCGACGGGCGUGCCCGGCGAGCCGGUGCGGAUGGCCGUCCUGAUCCAGAUGCCCACGGACGGACACCAGGUGCCCUACGAGGACGGUGAAGGGUGGGCGCCCGGUAUGGAGCUGGGUGUGUGGGAGGGACACGUCGCUGCUGCGACGGGAACAGGGACGCCGUUGAGCAUGAGUGACAGUAGGAGGUGA